UUGCGUCCACUUCAUUCACUUCCGCUUUAUUUCCGUUUUACCUGUAUGGUUUGAAAAUAAUGUAGAAAAUUAAAAAUUAUUAAUCAUAUACCAAAGCAAAUGUGAAUAGACCUCAGGACCAAGAAGGACCUCAUAAAAUAGCUGUCGUCAUGUCGCAGUACUUGUCACCGCGGGGCUAUGCCUCGGAGUCGGAGACGGGCAGUAUGUAUGAGCUGCGACAGUACCCGUCUUAUUACUCCUCCCAGGCCUCCAUCACCCCAUACGGCAGCCACAAAAGUCUGCUGUCCAUGUACACCCCCUCACAGGCCUCUACAUUCCUCCCCAUCGUACAGAAAGCCCCCAACCCAGAGAAGAGACCAGAUGACCAUUUCGGAAUCGCUAUGCUGUCCGUUUUCAUCAAUCCAAUUUUUGGAAUCAUCGCAAUCUUUCUUUCACAAAUGUCCAAAGACUACUUCAACAGGUGUAAAUACAUAAAGGCAUCAAAGUACGGAUCGUACGCAAAAGGCACGGCCAUGGGCGGAAUCAUCGUUAUGGUUAUUACCCUUCUCCUAAUUAUAGCACAAGUCCUGCACUACCAAAUGAAAUUCUAUUAUUAGGAGCUACCAGAGUUCUACACUCAUCCUAGAUUUCUGCUGACCGUCUAUUUAUACUUCAGUACAUUAAAUUUACUAGUCCAGAUGAACAUAUUUGGAGAUACUUUGAUUUCAUAAUUAAGAGACUCAAAUAUGUACGCUGUAGAACAUAUCUAUAUGUACUUUUAGAAUAUUAACUUUAAAAUGUUACCAGGUUGAAAAUGAUGUUUCUUUACACAAAAAAUAUAUACAACCGUCAACACAUGACAUGGUAUGUAAUUAACAGUUUAAAAAUGAUAUUGAAGACUGAAUCAGAGCAUUAUGUAAAUGUUACAAAGGUUCAUAUAAUUUAGCUUCUCAUUUAGUAAAUGGUUCAGGGACAAAUAAUUUAUAUGCCUUACAUUUUAACUUACUGUUAUGCAAACAAGCAAUUUUAUACAAUUCAAAGGACCUUAUUCUUUUUCACAGAGAUGCAUUUUUCUUUUGGUUCAUUUAUGGAUGUUUUUUUUUUUGUAAAUUCAUUUGUUUCAUCAUGUUUAUACCAUUUUUAUUACACUCAUAUGUAAAUGUAUGCAUAAAAGUCAUGCUUUUAUACCCAAUGUGUAUAUAUACCAGGUGACUAUGAUUUGAUAGAUUGUAAUCAUUGCAUUUUGCUUAUAAUGCUAGCCAACAGAUUUUUAAACUUUGUACCAUUAUAGGCUUUUAGAAAAAAAAAAUAGAUUUUAUUUUCUUUUAAACAACACAGAGUAAAAAAUCCUUAAACUUGAAAAAAAAAUUGUUAAGUAGGAUUUUCAAAUAUCUUAUUAAUUUUUUACGUUUAGAUUUUUUUGUUUUAUCCUAUUCCCUUUUGUAAUCCUAUCUUUAUAUAUAUUAAUUAAGCCCUCUUAUUCCAAUGACCAAACAAAAAAAUAUUAACAAAAGUGCUGUAAAUUGGGACAAUAUAUAUAUAUAAAAGUAAAAAAAAAAAAACCAAACUGCAUUAUAAUAGAUUUAUUAAUUAGAUACAAUGUUAAAUACUAAAACUAAAAUCAUUUCACUGUUCCAAAAAUUGCACAACUUUAAUUAAUUUGAUAUGCAUAACAGAUUUUAAUCUUGUUUUCAUGCACACAAAUCAUAAGAGUUAUGUGUGAGUAAUAGAUCUUUUUUAUUUCUACAAAUUAAAUACUUUGGUUUACAGAUAUUAAAUGUUCUGUCACUAGCUGUCCCAUUUGUUCAGUAGCUGAUGCACAACAGUGCUUCAAUGUGAUUCAGAUGAAAAAUAAGGGAGACAACUUUCCAUUUUAUUUCUAUGUAUAAAAUGUGCCAUUGUUUAUGACAUUAAAUUAUGUAUAUAUGUAUGCAUGGAUAAAUUCAAAGUGCAAAAGUAAUUCAUACAUUAUAUAAUAUUACAUUUAUGUAUGUAAUCCUGUAUCAAGAUUAUAUAUCUUUGUACAAAUCAUUUUAUAACAAAUAAAUGAUAAAAA